AGUAGCCACGCGUGCUCGUACCCGUCCGUUGUUGCACAUCGACAUUAACCGCUUUCAGUGCUAGAGCGCGUUCCUCCGCGCUAUACUCACAUAACCUAAAAGUUAAACAAUUCUGAUAAUUUUAGUACUGUUCAUUGUCAAAACGUUAAAUACUCAUGAUUACCUCGAAUUUAUAAGUUAGUGUUGUGGAAGUUUACGCCCAGAUAAAGGGCGUACGUGGAGUGAAUUUUUGUGCAACACAAAGUAAAUACAAACGGCAAGCUGUGGGGUUCAGGGGCCUUUUUUUUGCCGCCGCAGGGGAUGUACUAUCCUCAUAUGGUGGGGACGGGUAUGGCGACCCCGUUCCCUGCGGCGGCGGCGGCUGCGGCAGCCGCGGCUCAGUUCGCAGCUAAUGGCGACGCACUCGCCGGUGUGAAGGCCGAGGCUGCAGGCCCGACAGCACCACCUCAGCCCCCGCUCGUUAAGAGCGAAGGCCCACCACCGCCCGCGCCACUACCGCCAGCCAACUUCUCCCCACAACCACCUCCUCAACAAACACUCACACAAAAUUCAGUAGAAAACCAAAACAACAACAAUAAUACGCAAAGCGAAGGCGAGGCAAACGAAGAGAGCACGCCAGUGAGUGUGGCGGCGGCGGUGGUGGCGCAGCAGGCGGCGGCCGUGGUGGCGCAGCAAGCGGCGGCGGCGCACGCGGCGGCCGCAGCCGUCAGCGCCGCCGUCGCUGCAGGCAAUGUUAACGCCUCCGGCACACCCGAGAAACCGACACUCGUACCCGUCUCACAAGCCUCACAACCUAAACGAUUACACGUCUCCAAUAUACCCUUCAGAUUUAGGGACCCAGAUCUUAGAAAUAUGUUUGGGCAAUAUGGCACGAUUCUCGAUGUAGAAAUUAUCUUCAACGAACGUGGCUCCAAGGGAUUCGGUUUUGUAACAUUCGCAAAUAGUGGUGAUGCGGAGCGAGCACGAGAGCGUCUUCACGGCACCGUGGUUGAGGGCAGAAAGAUAGAGGUUAAUAAUGCGACAGCGCGAGUGCAGACAAAGAAACCUCCGACAGUUCCCAACGUGUGUGUCCAGUGGCCGGAAGCGCUGCGCCGCGAGCCGCGCGCCGCGCCCCUCGCCGCCGCCCCCGCCCCGCACGCCCCGCACGCCCCGCCCCAGCACGCGCUCUCGCACGCCGUGCUCAACCGCGCCGCCGCCUACGCCUCGCAGAUGCACGCCUACGCGCCUGUGUAUUACGACCCGUUCUUAGCAGCGGCGGCAACGGCUGACUCCAACUACAGACUCCAGGCGGCAGCUGCAGCGGCGGCGGCAGCGGCGCCCCUGCUGAAGUCCCCGCUGACGUCGGCGCAGCACGCGGCGGCGGCGGCGGCGGCCGCCAACUACGGCGCGGCCGCGCGCGCCGCCGCCGCCGCCGUCAGCGCCGCGCCCGCGCCCGCCCUCGCGCCGCUCGCUGCCACGUCAGUACCAACGUCCACCUCCAACACUUUGAUGUCGCUCAUACUGCAGUGUACAGAAGUGGCUACAACAGAUUUGCGCCAUACUAGGAAGCCAGUGGAUGAAAACGAUUGAACUCGAAUACCUUCGUCACCUUCACCUUAACAUGACAAUGAACUCUCUUUGUAAACGUACAAACGUAAUUCAUAAAUUUAAGGAUCAAUAUUAAGCGCUAGCAGACUACCGUGUAAGUAUCUAAGCUUGGGUAGCAAACUAACGAAGUAACGAGCGAGCGUGGAGUCGUGCAGUCGUCGAGUCGUCGCGCGUCGGCGUCCACAACUUAUGAAAUACCAAAGUCAUUAAAAUUUCUAACAGAAUACUUUGUAAGUUGAACUUAAUGUAAAUUAUUGUGUACCUAAUGCUAUACAAGUGCGAGCAGCUAAAGUGAUUGCUUUCGUUCUAUUUAGAUAUUCUAAGGGUUACUAUAAUUUUAACAGAAGUGAAUUCAUCUUACGAGCAUACGUACCGUACUAUCUAGUGUAGAUGUUACACUUUGUAUCACAGACAAUAGAAGAAAUAUUUACUAUAUUAUAAUGAUAUAUUUAGUGAGCUUUGCACUUGCAUAUCAUAAAAUUGUAAAUACUUGUUUGGAAACAUUUAAUUCGGUCUUGGUAAUUUUCUUUUAAUUCAAAAUUGCCAAAAUGGUAUUUCCUGAAUACAUUUUCAGCGAUCUUAUUCUAAAUAAUAAUAUACUCGUUAACGUUAAAUGGUCUCCAUUUUUAUUAUUGAAUAGAAUAUAUACCAUCUGUAAAAACGCGAGUUAGUUAGCGUUAAACACAGCGGUAUAUACCUAAUAUAUCAAUUAUAGUAAAAUUGCCGUUAUUAUCUUGUAGACAUGUGUGUACGCAGAGACAAUAGAAAUCAAAUCUCAAAACAUCUAUUUUGGAGUAAACAAGUUAUUUGGUGCGAUAUGAAUGUGGUGCCAUUUAUUUGGUUGUUAUUUUUACAUCGUAUUAUAUAUUUUCUACAGUUACCUUGUACUCUAUACAGUAAUGUGACCUAGUUGUAGGCUGUCCCUCAGAGAACGCGACUAAUGGCUCGUGUAUACAAUGUUCUGGCUCGCGUCGCCUACCUAGGCAGUCGACGCGAGGGAGAAUACGUGUAUACGCAUGUUGUUAGUCGGUAGAACUAAUAUUGUAUCAUUUCGCUUAAAGCUUACGUUGCCGACAGUCCGCGUUCCUUCCGUCAGCGCUGUGCGCAGUCUGAGCCAGGCGUGUUCUCGUGCUCCUGUUUACUUGUACAUCGGUUGCUAGAUUAUAAAUAAGCUAAUGUUUUACAAAGUGUAGGCGAAAUGCUUUAGCUGUAGUCUGUAAGGGAAGAAGGGAACUCCGUCGAGUUCUUACAUAUCAUUGAGAUUUUCUCCUUGUAUGUAGUUGUGUUUAUUCAAUAAUUCUAUUGUCUUUUAACAAUGUCUUAUUUUUACAAUGCUAUUUAAUAAUUUUGUCUGGCGUACGGACUUUCAUUUUUAUAGAACAAACACGCAUACGGGUCCAACCCUUUUAGAAGUUGUAAAUUUUAGAUCUAACAUUUGCAUUAGGAUUUUAAAGUAUUGUAACAUCUAUGAAUUCGCUCAACGUUUAUACCAAAGCACAAAAACCCAUCGAUUCAUACGUAUUCGGAGAAGUGUUGCAUGACAUUAACCCCUUUUCGAUAGAUUUAAUAGUCUUUCAAUAAGAAAAACUUGGGAAAUCUAUAAGUCGUGGUGUAGAUAGAUGAUAUGAGAUAGAACAAAACUACAGACUUUAUUUUUUACUUCAUUUGUUGAAAAUUUUCAUUAAUCCUAAGUAAUUUUUUUCUAAGGACAUAUCUACAUGUUUGCCAUCUAGAGUAGUUUAAUCUUAACGUAGUUCAAUGACUAUAUACAUACAUAUAAAUAUAGAUCUGAAUUGAUUAAUUCAUAGUUGAUUAUCAAUCUUCUCAUGUUAUUGUAAAUUCCUAAGGAAUAUAGUACACAUUGUGUUACAGAUGUGUCUGUUUGAGAGGUUGCGUCGACGUCGACGUAUUAGAGCUUUGUCCGUUUAUUUGUCAAACCUUUACGUAGCAAGUAGAGAUAGUGUACCGAAUACGUUGGGCUGGUGCAGUGCUCGGUGUCGUCUGAUGAUAGCUUUAAUUAAUUAAACGUGUUAAGGUGAUGUUCUCACCCUGUUGUGUCAUCUUGUAACCACAAUUAGAAUAACUAACUCAAGUAGCAUUUCCAUGACAUUAUUAUAAUUUGUCUUGCAGAAUUCUAGUCUUCGCGCAC